AUGGCGGACGAUCAGAUGCAAAAGGUGACGGUUAAAGGAGAUGAGUUCAGCGGAUUUAUUGGAAAUAUCGCUGGAAACUUGAUCCGUGACCGAGUGGACUUGCCGGAAAUGUUCUUAGCGGUGGCGGUGGUGGUGAGUCUGAAUAUGAUUUCCAGUGGCUAUAAUAAUAAUUACGAUGGUGGUGGUGGCUUCUUCGGUGGCGGUGGAUUACCACCAGAACCACCACCAGAGAAGAAAUCUAAAGGAAAGAAAGCGUUGAAUUUCCUUGGCGGACUGAUUGGCGUAAAGAAAAAGGAGAAGGAAAAAGGUUCGACGUGGACCCCGUAGGU